AUGGCAGCGGCGCCUGGGACACUAGCGGUAGCGCCGCCGCAUCUUCUGGAAUCCAUGUUUCCCGGCAUGGAGUUCCCUAGGCCGUUCGCGAACGGCGACGUCGCGAACAGUCUCGCGAACGGCGAGAGCGCUAGGCUCGCGCAAGCGGAUGUAGCGAACAGCUUCUAUGAAACCGGCAAAAGAGCCGGUGACAACCGGCGCGGCGGUAGCAGCAGCGUUGCCGGUAGUUCCGCUGCUGCGACGUCUUCAUCCGGUGCCGUAGACGCUGCUGACGUGGCCGGGUUACACGCGCAACGGGACGCGGUUUUGCGUGGGUUCGAGAUCACGGAACCGGCGAGAGACGACAAGGAAACGGGCGAGAAGGCCAAGUACAUGGCGUCGAUUCUGGAGGCUUAUCAGAAGCUGCUAGAAGAACGGACCCAGUACCACUUCGGCUACCCAUACAACCUGGAUUUUGACUAUGGCGCCCUCAUAGGUCUGCAGCACUUCUCCAUUAACAAUCUCGGGGAUCCCUUUAUCGAGAGCAACUAUGGCGUGCACUCCCGUCCGUUCGAGGUGGGAGUGCUUAACUGGUUUGCUCGCCUGUGGGACUUAGACGAGGGCGACUACUGGGGCUACAUCACCAACUGCGGCACAGAAGGGAAUCUCCACGGCAUCCUGGUUGGCCUUCUUUGUCCUCUUGGCCCUCUUCCUCCCCUCCCCUUGCGUCUCUCCUCCUCCCAUUGCCCCUCUUCCUCCCCUCCGCCUACCUCUGUUCCUUCCUCCCUCCCCUCUCCCAGUCGAGAAGUCCUGCCAAAAGGAGUCCUGUACGCGACUAGGGAGUCCCAUUACUCGGUCUUCAUGGCAGCUCGCAUGUAUCGCAUGGAGUGUGAGAAGGUGGCCACUCACACCGCUGGGGAGACAGGGACUCAGUCAUUCCCUUCCCUACUCACUCCCUCUCUUCCUCUCCGUCCUCCCAGGAGGGAGGUCCUGCCAGCCGGGGUGCUGUACGCAUCUAGGGAGUCCCACUAUUCGGUCUUCAAAGCAGCUCGCAUAUAUCGCAUGGAGCGUGAGAAGUCAUGUGGAGACACCCAUAAGCAUACUCGCUCUUCCCCCCUCCCUUGCUCCCUUUCUCCCAAGAGGGAGGUCCUGCCAGACGGGGUGCUGUACGCGACUAGGGAGUCUCACUACUCGGUCUUCAAGGCAGCUCGCAUGUAUCGCAUGGAGUGUGAGAAGGUGGCCACUCACACGGCCAGGGACAUUGAGGUUUGCUUUUCUCAAGAUGGCACUUGCCUCUCUUUUUCUCCCUCUCCCCUCUCCCAGGAGGGAGGUCCUGCCAGACGGGACGGGGUGCUGUACGCGUCUAGGGAGUCCCAUUACUCUGUCUUCAAGGCAGCUCGCAUGUAUCGCAUGGAGUGUGAGAAGGUGGCCACUCACACGGCUGGGGACAUUGAGACGGGGUGCUGUACGCGUCUAGGGAGUCCCAUUACUCUGUCUUCAAGGCAGCUCGCAUGUAUCGCAUGGAGUGUGAGAAGGUGGCCACUCACACGGCUGGGGACAUUGAGGUUUGCUUUUCUCAAGAUGGCACUUGCCUCUCUUUUUCUCCCUCUCCCCUCUCCCAGGAGGGAGGUCCUGCCAGACGGGGUGCUGUACGCGUCUAGGGAGUCCCAUUACUCUGUCUUCAAGGCAGCUCGCAUGUAUCGCAUGGAGUGUGAGAAGGUGGCCACUCACACGGCUGGGGACAUUGACUGCCGGGAUCUGGCUGGGAAGCUGGCCAGGCACAGAGGCCGACCUGCAAUCCUUAAUGUGAACAUUGGUACGCACCACGGUGAAGGGAGCAGUGGACGAUCUCAACCUGGCACCACAGUGAAGGGAGCAGUGGACGAUCUUGACCUGGCCAUCACCACGCUGCACGAGGCAGGCCUGUCGGACCACCAGUUGUCCCCCCCACGUGUGCUCCCAUCACACGUGCUCAACCUGCGCUUGCUGCCCUCACCAGGCUCUCUUUCUUCCUCCCCAUGGCUUGGAGCAGUGGACGAUUUGGAUCUGGUCAUCACCACACUGCACGAGGCAGGCCUGUCGGAUGAGCAGUUCUACAUCCACUGUGACGGAGCCCUCUUUGGCCUCAUGCUGCCGUUUGUCAAGAAGGCCCCUCGAGUGACCUUCAAGAAGCCAAUCGGCAGCGUGUCAGUUUCCGGUCACAAGUUCGUCGGCUGCCCCAUGCCCUGUGGGGUGCAGAUCAUGCGACGCUGCUACCUCUCUGCUCUCUCCUCUGACAUCGAAUAUCUCGCCUCUCGCGAUGCAACCAUCAUGGGCUCGCGCAACGGGCACGCACCCAUCUUCCUAUGGUAUACCCUCAACAAAAAGGGUUACCGCGGAUUCCGGAAAGACGUGCAGCGGUGCCUGCGGAACGCGCUCCACCUGCACGCGCGGCUGCGGGCGGCGGGGUUCGGCGCGAUGCUGAACACUCUCAGCAGCACGGUGGUGUUUGAGAGGCCGGAGGAGGAGGCGUUUGUGAGGCGGUGGCAGCUGGCAUGCCAGGGGAAGGUGGCUCAUGCAGUGGUGAUGCCGAGCGUGUCUCCGGAAAAGGUUGAUCUGUUUGUUAGGGAGUUCGUUGCGAGUCGAGAGAGGUGCCGAGCAGCUAAGGCUGCUGCUGAUGAUGAUGAUGAUGAUGAUGAUGAUGCAACUGCUGCUGCUGCUGCUGCUGCUGCUGCUGCUGCAACUGCUGCUGCUGCAACUGCUGCUGACGGUUCUGCUGCUGGAGGUUCUACUGCUGGUGCUGCUGCUGUUGCCAACGGUUCAGCUGCCACCAGCACAGAUGCGUUAACAAGUGAUGUGUGUGUGGCAGACGUGAUUGGUCCUGAGAACUGCUCUUGUGCGGCCCACGUUGCCAUCUGGCGCACUCGUAUUGAGCAGGAUGCUGUUGGAAGAAGACGGUACAGCUGCUACAGUGACACGUCUGGGGACGAUGCUUCCUUGCACGGAAGCAGUUCUGUGCAAAGGCUAAGCAGUUCUGUGCAAAGGCUGUCAUAG